AUAGCUCGCUCGAACGCGUCACUGGUUAUUGCCUAUUCCGACCGCCGGUCCGAUGGUAGUUAACCGUUGUUCGGUGUUAGGAUAGCACGCGCCACAGUUGUCAUAAUGUUCGAAGUAGGAAAUUUUUGCACUAAUUUUCUUAUUGUUGUGGGUGUUUACGCAACGCUGCAAUAUGUGUACGAUAAUUUAAGAUCGCCGCUCGGAGUAGUGUGGUGUUUGUUAAGCCGAAAAAGUGAACCUUUCACCGAGCGAUAUGGACAAUGGGCAGUUAUUACCGGAUCAUCCGAUGGCAUCGGGAAGGAGUACGCCAAAAAUUUAGCUCGCAGAGGAAUGAACCUACUGCUGAUCUCGAGAACUGAAUCCAAACUGAUCAAAUUGGCAAAGUAUAUCCGGGAGCAAUAUAUGGUAGAAGUGAAAUGGUUAGUUGUGGACUUUUCUGAAGGACCUCAGAUUUACGACAGAAUACGACAGGAGCUGGAAGGGUUAGAUAUCGGAGUUCUAGUGAACAACGUUGGAAUACUGCACACGCACCCAAGCCUAUUUGAAGCGGUACCACAGCAAGAGAUUGAGCAAUCCAUUACGGUCAACGUGUGGUCUACGGUGAUGUUGACUUAUAUGGUUCUACCGGAGAUGAAGCGCCGGCGACGCGGAAUGAUAGUGAAUAUGAGCUCUUCCUCCGGAUUCCUUCCAGUGCCGUACAUGUCCAUGUAUUCCGCUUCGAAAGCAUUAGUGCACAGUUUGACGCUGAGUUUGCAGCAGGAACUUCGGAACACCGGGGUCGAAUGCCAGCUGAUUACCCCCCUGAUUGUGGAUACAGAUAUCGGCAUUCAGUGGCGUGCCAUGAAAGGCUGGAAUCUGAUAUCAACGGAAGUUAAACGGUACACCAAAAUGGCGGCAUGGAUGAUUGGAAAAUCCGACUUUACGACAGGAUACUGGUACCAUGCCGUACUGAUAGCGCUCAUGAAACUACCCCCACGGUGGCUAUUGACUAAAAUGGUGGGAAUAUUAUUUAGGUACAUAUUAAUCCUAAAAUCUCGUAAAUCACGUGGAAGGUGACAGUGGAUGGACA